ACACACAGACCCUCCUCAUUGUGAGAGAGGCGGACUCAUAUGGAGGGCCGCUAUUCGGCUCUGCAGCGACUGCAGCGUCUCCCGCUGCCUGUUCUUCCUCCGCGCGCGUCUCCGCGAGCGCUGUGAUGUGAAUAUUAAUGAUGCUGCGCGAAUCUCCGCGCUCAUUUCCAUCGCUUUCACCCAACCGAGAGUUGUUUAAAGACAGGACGUUUCGAGAGCAGCAUGGCAGAAGCCCCUGUUGGAGAGGACGCACCCAAAGAGCAGGAGAGUGCCACCUCACUUACUCACGAUCCCCUGCCAGGGGUCGGUGGUGCUCUGUGGGAAAGGGUAUUGAAAGCUAGUGUUACAGCUGGAGCUUUCCUCCUGUUGUACACACUGUCUCAACUCACAGGUUUGUGGGUCCUUUACAUGCUGAAUGGAUACAGGGCUUUUCCAGCGGCACAUAAAGUUUUGGAUCUCCUUCAGUACCUUCUCUCCACCAGUGAUGCCUAUGAUCAACAGAUGGAGAUAUGGAGGGUGGAGAGCGCGUUGCCCCUCAUAGCCACACUCUUCUUAGGUGUAGUCAUUCUUGGUACUGGAACGCUGUUCUGCAUUAGAACCCUGGUGCCUGGCAACCCAUCUUGCUUCCCUGACGACCGUCGUCAGUCCAUGAGCAGGCAGCCCUCCUUUACAUAUUCAGAAUGGACUGAUGCUAAACAGGAGUAUUUCUACGAGCUGGAUGCUGUUCCGGAGACGCCUGUGUUCGACUGCUUUAUGGACAUGAAGACCGAAACUGACCCUGCCACUCUCACUGUCAAACCUGUUGGCUUGCAGGAAAGGAGAGGUUCUAACGUGUCGCUGACGUUGGACAUGUGCACCCCUGGUACUACAGAGCCCUAUGGAGCGCUGCUGUCCCCUAAAGAGCAGGGCACACAGGAAUACCUGCAGAACGCAUCCAACCUGCUCACCCCUGAGCAGCUGCACAAGCGCGCACUGGACGACGCUGUACUGCAGGCGGAGUUCUACGAGACACCCAUGAACUUCGUGGACCCAAAAGAAUACACUUUCCCCGGCGUGGUGAGGAAGAAUCGCUACAAAACCAUACUACCAAACACACAUAGCAGAGUUUGCUUAAAAGCAAACGAGGAAGGUGAUUUUCUCAGCACCUACAUCAAUGCUAAUUAUUUGAAGGGCUAUGGUGAGAAAGAAAAGGCUUACAUUGCCACACAGGGUCCCACUGUAAACACAGUGGGGGAUUUCUGGAGGAUGGUUUGGCAGGAGCACUGUCCCAUUAUCGUCAUGAUCACCAAUAUUGAAGAAAAAAAUGAGAAAUGCACAGAAUACUGGCCAGAGGACAGUGUUGUCUGUGAGGGUAUCGAGAUCACUGUCAAACAGGUCAUCCAGGCAGAUGACUACAGUCUAAGGAUUUUCACUGUGAAGAGUGAGGGUGAGGAGCGCACUCUCAGACAGUACUGGUACACAUCCUGGCCAGAUCAAAAAACUCCAGACAAGGCCCCGCCUCUCCUGGAGUUGGUUCAGGAAGUGGAGGAAGCGAGGAAACAGGCUCCAUCCAACAGUGGCCCUGUCAUUGUUCAUUGCAGUGCAGGGAUUGGACGCACUGGCUGUUUCAUUGCUACCUCCAUCUUAUGCCAGCAGCUAAGCAAUGAAGGGGUGGUUGACAUCCUGAAGACCACUAGCCAGCUACGCUUGGACAGAGGUGGGAUGAUCCAGACAGCGGAGCAGUAUCAGUUUGUUCAUCAUGUACUCAGUCUGUAUGAAAGACAGCUUCGAAAGACCUCAGAAGAGUAAAGCCUCCAUGAGCGCACAACCUUCACAUCUCUCCUCAGAGCAGUUGACCUUCAUCCGAACACAUGGGGCAGGGACUGACCCUCAGUUCCUCAAGUCUCUUGUAUUCAAACACAACAGAAGUUUAGGUUGAACCGUCCUUUUAGAAGCAGACCCAAUAUUACAUUUUAGCCGACCUAAAUUCAACAUCACAACACCAAUCAGUUAUUAAAUAUACUUUUUUCUUUAUUCUUUACCAUAACAGUAACACAACAAACAUAAAGGGAUCAUAUAUAUCAUAACACAAGUGCUGCCCUCAUAGUAACGUUCAGCAGGCCAUCAGUGCUCAAAUAUGACAAAGUUUCUAUGUGUGUGUACUUCAUAUGUGGUGGGAUGAACACAAUAACAAGCAGAC